AUGGAGUACUUGGACGAACAACAGGUGAAGGAGCUAGUGUUGGAGCGUUUAAGGGUUCAUGCGGACAUCAAACAACCGAUGAUCAAGAAGAUAAGGUAUCGCGUCACGGCAGCCGAUUACUUCAGUCGAGAUGACUAUCAAGGUGGCCUUGUACAGGAAGGUGAGAGACACUAUCGCAAAGAUGGCACUGAGCACACAUUUGAGCACGUGUCCCUUGCAAAGUUGCUCGAGUCUGCAGAAGCCACAAUUGGAUGGGCAGUGAAAGAAAGCAAUCGUACGAUGGUCUUUGAGCGAGUGAUGGAUGAUAUACCUGGCAGAAAAGAGAUUCCAGUUUGGGAUAAACCAAUUGUCACUCCUAGUGACACCAUUCAGACACCCUUUUCGGAGUCUCGGCGGCGACGCAAGUAUAGAAAAACCAACGAGAAGAUGCUAGCGGAUCUUGCGGCUGCAUCAAAUCUGGGCAAAGAAACUAUAAAAUCUUUGGCCCUCAGCAUCACCUGGAGUGACGCAUAUGGCGACGGAACAUGUGCCAUGUCGUUGUAUAAUAACGUUAUCACUGGUGGUCGCUUAGGCAGGGACCACAAGCUUGAAGAUGUUCCCAAUCAUUACGCUAGGGACAUGGUCAUGGAUUACAUCAACGACACGGUCGCUGAGGAAUUCAGAGACAAAGCUCGAGCGGCCGUCUUCUCAGACUUAGACCCUGAAGAAAUUGAGGAAUAUUGCAGGAUCAGGCAGGAGCGGAAACAUAAUAUUGAACGUAAAGGAUUCCUCCGGGGCAUUGAACGCGGAUUAAUACUUUUGGUUGAACCUACCGAGGAGCAUAUACGGAAGUUUGAGGAGAAGAUGGAAAGGAUUGAAAAACAGCACAACAUCCUGGAGGACAAGAAAAACGGUGUCACUACCUGGCAAGAGACUGAAACCAUCUUGAGUCAGCAGGAGGCUUUCGACGCUAUCGAUGACAAGGUCGAUAUGAAGCCUAAAGAGAAGUCUCCUUACACCCCUUCUCAUCACCUCACCCGCUCAGUAAUCACACCUGGCUUGAUGGCAAAUGAUGAAGAAAGGCAAAUAGAACCGCCACACUUUUUGGAUCGGGAUUGCGAUCAAGUCCGAGUCAUGAUCAAGCGCUUUACCAGCGAAGGAGGGUGGUCCGUGGAUGACUUUAGACAAGCUCUCGAGGUAAAUCGUCCCAGGUUAACCGCAUUUCUCCGGAAGAGGGGCCCCAGAGACGGAAUCAAGACAAGGGUUUUUCAACUAAGCUUGGAGUUCUUUUACCGCAGAGAGGAGCUUGGCCUCCGCUUUACGCGGCCAGAAAGCAGCGUGUUGAAAGAGUUGGAUCUGAACAGUGGACCGAAGCGGCGCCGCAGUGGCAAAUACAACUACGCUCCCAAUGAGUCGCCUAAGGGGAAGCGCACAAAGGCUCAAUAG